AUGAGUAGUAUCUCACAAGAUUUUUUUAAAGAUUACUCAUAUUUCACAAUCACUCGUGCACUCUCAUCAGUGACUUCCGAGGAACAAGCAGCUUCCAUUGAGAUUCGUAAAGUGCUUGCUCUUCGAAACAAAUAUAUGUACAUCGGAGAUAAAGAGGUUUAUCCACUACACCACGAACACUCACAAGUGAUAACUCCCGACACUACAUCGACGAUAUCAAUUCACAAAGGCGUUUUUGAAGUCUCGUUGACGGGUGUGUCUCAUCCCGUUGGUUACGAAGACUAUUUGAAGGAUUAUAAAGCACUUUUGGACUGUUGCGAACACCGAGCCGUCAAAAGUCUAGCCGAGAAACGUCUGAGUGAGUUGGACAGGAAGUUCAAAUUACAUUACUUACUCAACUCACAAAAGUCAAAGACUCUGACCAGCUCGGAGGAUAUCCACACCAUCGCCAAAGUCGACACACACAUACACGCGGCAGCGUGUAUGACCGAGUCACAGCUUUUAGAUUUUCUCCAUGAAAAGAACACGACGAGUAAAGAUGAAGUGGUCGGGUAUGUCACUACAGAAAGUGGAGAGAAGAAGCUCGAGACAUUGGACCAAAUGUGCAAACGUCUUGGUGUGAACUUGGAGGAGUUUACGUUGAACCAAUUAGGCGUGAGAGCGGGAACAGACUUCUUCAAUCGGUUUGAUCUCUUCAACGCCAGUUACAAAAUUGGUGGUGAGGACUUGCUUAGGACCGUCUUCUUGAAGUGUGAGAAUUACAUGGGUGGGAAGUACUUUUCUGAGUUGAUUCAUCUUGUUUUCGACCAACUGAACAACACACCAGUGAGACUGGAAUUACGACUGAGCAUCUAUGGAAGAUCUAUGGACGAGUGGGAGAACCUUGCGGAGUGGGUGGAUAAGUGGCAUGUCUCUCACCCACAGAAUCGAUGGAUGAUACAAUUCCCUCGAAUCUUCCACGUGUGCAGAGGGAAGAAGGAGAACUUCACCUUCGAGAAUUACAUUGACAAUCUCUUCAAACCCCUUUUCGAAGCAACAAAAAACCCGGAGAAGUAUCCAGUGCUGUCGAAGUUCCUUGAAAGUGUGUCUGGAUUUGAUUCUGUGGAUGAUGAGAGUGCUUUGGAACAGACUGUUGGAAAUUUGCCGUCCGCGGAACUUUGGAACAAAAGUGAAAACCCGCCGUACUUCUAUUAUAUGUACUACACGUACGCAAAUAUCGCUGUUUUGAAUUCGUACAGAACUACAAGAGGAAUGAACACUUUCGAUUUAAGGCCGCAUUGUGGAGAGUCGGGCCAUGUCCACCAUUUGGCAUCGGCUUAUUUGACAGCGAGAGGAAUUAACCACGGCAUUCGACUUGUUGUAAGCCCCGUUUUGGAGUAUCUGUAUUACUUGACUCAAAUCGGCCUUGCGGUGUCGCCGUUGAGUAAUCACAACUUGUUCUUGCCAUACGACAAAAGCCCGUUUGACACCUUCUUCAAGUGUGGUUUGAACGUUUCUCUGUCUUCGGAUGAUCCGUUACAAUUUCACAGGACACAAACGCCUUUAAUGGAAGAGUAUGCAAUUGCACAACAGACGUGGAAUUACGUCACGGGGGAUUUGGCUGAAAUAGCAUACAACAGUGUGUUGCAGUCUGGGUUCACAGAAGAAGAGAAGGAGGUCAUGUUAGGACCACACUUCAAGAACUUUUCGAAGGAGAAUUCUGAUAAAACGCGACUUACGUUGAUCAGAAAGAAUUACAGAGAUAACUGUUUACAAAUAGAAAAGGAGUACAUCGACGCGCUUUCAAAUGAAGGUUGUUUGAAGAAGAGUCGACUGUUUGCAGACAUUCCGUAUUCUAAAAUCAAUGUGACGUACCCAGACAAAGGUACCCAAGAAGAUGUUGAAGUGAUACGGAAGUUGGAGUUUUGGCUCGAUGUGCGACAAAAGUACCGAACGUACUGCUCAAGAAUCAGAAGUGCUCGGAAGGGACUUUUCCAUCCCAAUUCAAGACCAACACAAGUCGCUGCGUUUGAUGGUGGUGUUUUCAAUAUUUACACUGAAGAAGCACUUUGUGAGAAAGACAAGUACCACUUGGCUGUUGUGUACUGCCAAGAGUGCAAGACGCGAUUUUGUGCGAAGUGUUUCAGAGAGACACACCACCAUAUUUAUCAUUCGCUGCUGCAACUCAACUGUAAGAAGUCGUUUGACAUUGUUGACGACGAGCAAUUUUUUGGAGACUACAAGGCAUUGACUAAAUUCUAUCAAAGUGGACCGGCUCGAUCGUUCUGUUUUAGACAGUUGCACGUCAGAAGCGAGUUAUUCCAGUUGUACCACCUACUCAAUGAAAAGAUCGAAGCGAACGAACAAACUGAUUUGAAGACUGAUUUUGACCAGACAAUUAAAGUGGACACACACGUGCAUGCCAAUAGAGCGUUCCACCCCACAGAUUUACUUGAAAUUAUUAAACAAAAAUUGCAGGAAGAACCAGACAGAGUUGUUGUGAAGAAGAAAGAAGUGAAAGGCGUGAAGUACGACAGUCUGACCCUGAAAGAGCUCUUCAACGUUCUUGGAAUCACACAAAUCGAUCUUCAUGCACUGAACGUACAAUCUGAUCCGUCACUUGUUUCACGAUUUGAUUUGUGGCUUAGUAAGUACUACCCCUUUGGAGAGGCCAUUCUCAAAGAACUAUUCUUGUCAAUGAACAACGACAUUGGUGGAGAGUACUUGUGCUCACUCCUCAGAGACAUUUUGUUUGAUCGGAUGAAAGAAAUGGAGAACGUAAAGACGGAGUACCGAUUUAAUGUAAGCACUUCCGAUCUCUACGAACUCGAAGGGUGGUCGUCUAAGUUGGUAGAUGCCGGAUUGAUACAACCAGAUAUCAACAGUUACGUUAUUGCCAUUCCAAGAAUCUACGGGAGAUGGAAGAGUAUGGGGUUGGUCAACAACUUUGCUGAGGUGCUUCGGAAUGUCUUCCAACCGUGCUUUGAAGCGACGUUACACCCCAACGAACAUCCAAAACUUGCGGAAUUUUUGAAGAACGUUGGCGCAUUUGACUCGCCAAGUGAAGAGCUUUUGCACGAAGACUCAAUAGACUUGGGAAGCAUUAUAAGACCAGAGGACUGGAAUGGACCAGAAGACCCACCUUAUGAGUAUUAUCUAUACUAUAUCUACGCGAACAUGACCGUUUUGAAUGGUAUUAGAAGAGAACUUAAACUCAACACUUACGAGUUCAGACCACAUUGUGGUCAGGCUGGAGAUAGAAUGCAUUGCGCUGCUGGGUUCUUGACCGCGGACUCCAUCACACACGGAGUGACACUUGAUGGACAAAACACGUUACAGUAUUUGUACAUACUUGGACAGAUUGGUAUUUCAUCAUCACCAAUUCAACAAUCUGCACUGUACGGAGGAAUGGAGGAGCCAUUUAGAAAGUUGUUUGAGAGAGGAAUGAAAAUCUGUUUGUCAACAGAUACGCCGCUGCACACGCACAUCACCAAAGAACCGUUGACGGAGGAGUACGCGUCCGCUAUGAAAAAUUUCAAACUCAGUCAAACAGAUUUAGCUGAAAUAGCAAGGAACUCGGUGUUAAUUUCUUCGUUCCCAGUUGCUAAGAAGAAGGACUGGAUUGGUGAAAACUACGCUGAGCAAGGUGUAGCUGGUAAUGACUCUGGGAAAACGAGUAUCCCCGACAUGAGGAUAGCGUUCAGGGCAAGUGUGGCUGAGGAUGAAGUGCGAGCCUACGAGAAAUGGCUAAAAAAUACUGAUGAACUCAAAUAA